GGCAGUGUUUUAACUAGGAGUUACACCCACUUGCACCUUGCACCCUAUUUUACACCCUUUGCUUUCUGUUUACACGUGUUACAGGUGCUUUUUUACCAGGGUAUAUUGAGUUUCUUUACGACAUUUGGUUCACACGCCUGGGGAUCACACCAAUUUCACGCCAACUACUAAGGAAAACUUGCUUAUCUUGGGCACUACAUCUAACUCGAAAUGACAGGGGAUGGAGCUCAAGCAAAUAUAAUGAUCGGCAUUAUCGGCGGCUCUGGGUUCUCUGACCCUAGCGCGCUAGGAGUGGAGGACGCCAAGGACGUGGAGUAUGACACGCCAUUCGGAAAGCCUUCCAGUCCUCUGCUGACAGGCACGCUGUGUGGUGUACCUGUGGCCGUCCUGGCCAGACACGGCCGGCGCCACACGAUCCUGCCGAGCGCCGUCAACUACCGUGCCAACGUGUACGCCCUGCACCGGCACGGCUGCACGCACGUGCUGGUCUCCACCGCGUGCGGCUCGCUGCGGGAGGAGUACCGUCCCGGCCAGCUGGUGCUGCUCGAUCAGUUCAUCGACAGGACGACCAAGCGUCCGCUGACGUUUUUUGACGGCUCGUGUGACGAGUUUGUCGGCAUCUGCCACCUGCCGAUGGCCGACCCGUUCUGUGGAGAGACCCGCGGCGUGUUGCGAGAGGCCGCCAAGGAGCUCGGCAUCACCAUGCACGAUAAGGGCACCAUAGUCACCAUCGAGGGCUCCCGCUUCUCCACCCGCGCCGAGAGCCACAUGUUCCGCAGCUGGGGCUGUGACGUCAUCAACAUGACCACCGUGCCGGAGGUAACACUAGCCAAGGAGGCGGGUCUAUGUUACGGUGCCGUGGCGAUGUGUACCGACUACGACUGCUGGAGGGAGGGCGAGGCAGGGGUCGGGGUCGGAGACGUGAUGGCCACCUUCAGGGCCAACGUGUCCAGCGUGGUGCGCCUCUUCAAGGAGGCCGUGACCCGCGUGGCCGCCAGGGACUGGGCCGAGACACUCCAGAAAAAUAAGGAGACGGUCACUUCCAACGUGAUGCUGCCCAGCUGAGCACUGGAGCUGGGCCCAACCUGAACGGUCACUGGCCGCAGCUGAGCGCUCAGUGACCUCGGCUGACCUCUCAGUGACCUCAGCUGAGCGUUCAGUGACCUCGGCUGACCUCUCAGUGACCCCAGCUGUCCGCCGUCCCUGAUACCAGCUGACCUCUGGCUCAUAUCCGGCGGACUCGGUCGGUGGGACUGCGGCUGCCAAUGUAGACGGGAUAGAUGACUCAGUGCUAGCGGCAUUUGGCUGUGUUGGUACAGCCUUAUUUGACGGGUUGCUAUUUUACAGAGCUUUCGUAAAAAUUUGGGUGGAUUUGCGUAGUUGCGCGCUUAUAAGCAUUGGUAUGGAAGAUUCGUUUAGUCCAGUUUGUGACUUUGUGCGUAGUCGAGCGCACAGUCUUUUUUUUCGGGUGAUUUGCCGAUCAUUGUGAAAGGAGAAUCUCCAUGUGAAGAGAAAUAUUGUUUUUUAUUCCAUUCCAGAACUUUGUUAUUGUUACGCAUACUCUUUCUACAUGGAAUAUUUUGAUACAUUGCCGCUCGUGUAACAUUUUUGGUGAUUCAAUAUCACAACAGCAUUCGCCAUUACAAAGCUGUGCAUUGUAAAACGUGUGUGAGGAUCGCUUUUUGUUCAAAUCUUUUCGCAGUGCUGUGGGAAUAAACCUGCUUGCAUUGA